AUGGCGCGGCUCGAGACCUCGGACGCGGACGGCGCCGCAAAGGAGGCGGUCAUCUCGGAUCUCCAGGCCCAAGUCGCAGGGCUCUCUCCCGCGCAGAUGCUCGGGGCGGCCCGCGCCGGCCUAGCGCCGGCCCAGCAACUCCGCGGCAACGGCACUGGCGGCCGCGGCGGCCGCGGGAAGCAGCAGCAGCAGGAGGGCGGGGACGGCGGCGAGGAGGAGCGCGGCGGCGGGCUGAGCAGCUGGGGCAGCCGCCUGAUCAAGGUGCUGAACCGCCCGCCCCGCGACGGCAGCCCGUCGGCCGCGCAGCAGCGCAGCCCGGCGUCGCCGGCCGCGCGGGCCGCGGCCGCCGGCGUGGCUGGGGCCGGGGCAUGGCGGCAGGGCGGCGGGGCGGAGGUGGCCUUGGGCGGCAGCGGGGGCGGCGGCGGCGCCAAGGGGGACGCGCGGCUGGUUUCUGGGUAUGUGGCGCUCGGGGACGGCGACUUGUACUGA